AGGGACCCGGAAGUGGUGGCGCAGCGCAGCAGAGAGACUGACGGCGAAGACACGAACGACUUUCUCCUUUCUUUCUCGCGACUUUUUUUACUGUUGGGCAGACAACACGAGAAAGAAAAAGUAGAAGAAGUCCCGGAAGUCUUCCAGACAGUGUCUUCGGUGCUCGCUCUCCCCUACCUGUGUGCUGUCUGUUCUCCAGCCAUGGACCACAUGAACCACAUGAACCACAGCGCCAUGGCGAUGGACCACGCCCACCACCAACACGUCACCGUGGCAACGCCCACAACCGGCCACGACCACGGGGGAGACCACGGGGGGGGAGGGGGGGACGGGGGGGACCAUGGAGGACACGGGGGCAUGGCGAUGACCUUCUACUUCGGCUACACCAACGUGGAGCUGCUGUUCACCGGGCUGCUCAUCAACUCCCCCGGAGAGAUGGUGGGGGCGUGUAUCGGAGUGUUCCUAUUGGCUGUCCUGUACGAGGGGCUGAAGAUGGGCCGAGAGUCUCUGCUGCGCCGUAGUCAGGUCAACGUCCGCUACAACUCGAUGCCCCUCCCCGGGGCAGAUGGUACGGUCCUCAUGGAGACGCACAAGACCGUCGGGCAGCGGAUGCUAAGCCCCGCCCACUUCCUGCAGACGCUGCUCCACAUCCUGCAGGUGGUGGUGAGCUACUUCCUGAUGCUCGUCUUCAUGACCUACAACGCCUACCUCUGCAUCGCCGUGGCAGCCGGCGCCGGCAUGGGCUACUUCCUGUUCAGCUGGCGCAAGGCCGUGGUCGUCGACAUCACCGAGCACUGCCACUAGCUAGCGCGCUAGUUAGCAUCCGGUCUGAGGGGUCUGAUUUCUGCUGAUCACAAUCAAUAAAACGCUAACGUUAGCACGCUAGCCGGCCUGGAACUACAAAUCCCAGAGCGUUAGCAGCAAUUUGAGUUAGCGUAGGACACGAGACACUAAACACUAACGUCUGUAGUUAGCCGUUCGUACAUACAAAGUUUUUUAGUUGUUUUUUGUGAACUCCUGUUGGUUGGCGAGCCAGCCAAUCACAGCUCAGAUCAUCUCAGACGGUUCUGAUUGGCCAAAUCCUGUCAAUCGGUCUUAUUUCAUUUUUAGUGCCAAGAUGUUAGCGUCCGUAGCUUGUAGUUAGCAUUGUUAGCAUCUGAUCAAUCAUAACAUUGUAAACAUUAGAUUAGGAAUGUUUUACACAAGUGUUCGUUUAGUUUUGAUUUAUUAAACUUAUUAAAACUAACAUUUUACUUUGAAAUAACAAAAUAAUCUUCAGACAGUUUAUAUUUUAAGACUGUUCACAACAUCCUCCUUACAUUUCUUUUUUUAAGAACUCCCAUUGGUCUGUGAGCCGGCCAAUCAGAGCUUAGAUGUUUUUAAAAAACAUCACAUUAAUUGUCUUUGAUUUUCAAAAUAAAACAAACUUUUUCACAGUUUCAAAAAAAUAUAUAAAUCAUCACGAAGCAUUGAGUCGCUUCUUAAAUCACAAACAUUUCAUGAAUGAAAUUCACUAAAAUAACUUUUUAACCCGUUAUGUUUUUGUUUUUGUGUUUUUGUGUUUUUGUCGCCACCGUCGGCCUUAACCCCGACACGCCACGCACUGCCUUAACGUGGCGGGACGUCCUGACGCAGACUGGAGGCCAGUGUUGAUCUGUAGGGAAACUUAUGAACUGUUUUAGAGUCUGAGACGGAGGUCCAGGGACAGAAGACCCUUAAAGUCAAACUUCUUUAAAGGGUUUCACCAUGGACUCUGUCUCCAUGUCUGAGUGUCUGAUGGGACAAGUAUUACACCAGAACCAGGCAGUAAUAUAACCCUACAGGACUAAUGUUCAGCAGCAGUUAGAGUCCACUUAAACCCACCAGACUCCAUGUAAAUAAUCAGGAC